AUGAAGCGAGCGGAGGCGGCGUUCCCUAUGGCUGGUUUUGCUGAUUGCCUGCAGCAGCGGCUUGCGGGGCUCAAAGAGCGACUGCACCGUUGGAGGAGGGACGGAGACUCGGCCGAUGACUUCUUAACACAGGCUUCUGCUACACUGGAAAGGCUGACAGAACUUUCUGAGGAACCCAGAGAAAACUCCACCCUUCCCAGACUGGUGCAACUUUAUACACAGGCUGUGCUGGAUAUCACAUACUUUGAAGAAAACCAGCUGGUCGAUGAAGAAUUUCCAGAAGAGUCUUCGCUGUGGAAAGUUGAGGAUCUAAUCCAUGUUCUUUCAGAGCCAGAAGUUUUGGCCGAUGAAAGUGGUGCAUCCCAAGAACCAUUCACCGUGCUUAGUACCGAACUGCUGGAAUGCCUUUACUGGAGAAGGGGAGCCUUGCUCUACAUGUUUUGUCACACAGUUAAAGGAAGGAAAGAAUGGCUGACGAAGAAGACGGAUUUGCUUAAGAAGUUUCUUAAUGAAGGAAUCCAUUACCUGGUGAAGAUGCUUGAAUUUAGAUGUUCAGAUAACCCACAUGAGGAAUUCUUCUCUCAGGAUGCAGCCACAGCUAGACUGGUCCAUGAAGGUAUAUUUAGUGAUACUCAUCUACUGGCUAUGAUGUACUGUGGAGAAAUGUGUUACUGGGGACUGAAAUACUGUGCAAAAGGAAAGGAACCAAGGCAAAGCACAGAUCCGGAACCGAAUAGUGAAGAACCAGGCAGCUCGCACAUCAAGGUUCUAGACUUUCGAGAGACAGGAGAGAAAAUGUUGCAGAAAUACAUAGCUGCAUGUGAAGGACCCCUAAGAUUGCAUGACUGGGAUACAAAAAAUGCAAAGCUCAUACUGGACUAUUUUAAACAGUUAUCAGCCUAGUUGAUUUAAAGCAUAUGAUGUAUGUUCCUAAAGCAAAGCAUGAUUAAACGGAGAGA